GUACGUGUCAGUUGACUCAAGGAAGUUACACCGUGAGUGAAGAGCCGUCAAAAUUGAUGUACAUAUUGUCCUAGUAUAUUCCCAAGGAUAUGUAUUCCUGAAGGAAAUGAUAAGUACAAAAAAAAAGACCCUAAGUUGUUGACGACCAGUUGGGCAAUAUGACACAAAAAGAAGUGGGGAAAUACGAAAAAUGUAGAUAAAGGCGUCUGCCGAUUUUUGACUGAAUUUCAUAACAGUCCUGUAUCUAGGAUGAGUUUUAUUUUAAAAUCGUUUGUUUCCAAAAUAUUUCGCUUUCCCCAAAAGAGAUGUUUUGGAUAUCAGUCGAGUAAUUUAACCCUGAGGCAUAGAAAGAGAUUGAUGCAGCUGAUGCACAAAAGCCUCUUAUAAGGCUUUUGAAAAUGUGGGCCAUUGAAGUCAAAGAACAAGGUGCCAGUGCUCUGUGGGCGUUGGCAGGUGUCACGCGGCAUCAGCAGCAGCGUAUCGCCAGCAUGAUUGGAAUUAACAUCCUUGUCGACAUGUUGAUGCUCAAAUCAGAAACUAUACAGUUUAUUGCUGGCAUUGCCAUCAUUGCUUUAACUACAGAGAACAUUGAGAAUCAGAACAAGAUUGUGGCUGGAGGCGGAGUGCAGCCUCUAGUGAGGCUCUUGAGAUCAGCCAAGACCUCUGAAAAGGCCCUACAACUGUUGAGAAAAAUGUAAAAUAUGUCCUGACUGUAUGUGCAUUCUCCACAAUGCCCCUUUGGAGGGGCUUGAAGGGGGAGGGGGGAGGAACGGCAGUGCGGGACAGUCUUCAGUGGAGAUACCUUUCCAAGACAAUGGGAUCAUUUCAUUCCGCCCAGCUGCCUACUGUAUACAGUUUAUAUGGAACAUGUGGCUUUUGUCCAAUUUCUUUCCCUCACUUUUGUUACUAUGAAUAAUCGGUGAUAACCUGAUAAAAGUCAGUUGGGUUGUGGAACAGUGCUUGACAAAUAAGAGGAACCCUUUAAGAAGCAAAGAUGGCUAGUGAUGGCAAAACAGAAAAUGAAGUGCAAUAAUACAAUAUGGACAAACGCACAGACAUGAAGCUUAUGAAAACUUUGCAAAAUAUCUUGUAAUAGCGUAGGUUGAAGUUCUUUUGUUUACUUAUAGCUCGUAAAGUAAUUCAUUCCACCAACACUGUCGUGAGAUAGUGCCUAUUAACUUUGUAGUGAACGCAGGAAAAUAGUCCUCAAUUUGUGAAGAAGUGACUUGGUAGUAAAUGUUCCUUUUAACAUCUAUAUUUUCUUGGCUACAGGUCCUGUUAAUGGUGAUUCGUGUUCUCGGCAUCCUGUAUGUAGGCGUGGCCCAUCAGUCAAACAAAUCAACCCAGCUUGAGAUAACAAAUACUGAAGCGCUUGUUACGCUUAUUCGUCUCCUGCGCACGUCAAAAAAGGCGCUCAUUCAGGUUGGUUUUGCGGUUUGUUAAACAGGGCUUCUUUGUGGCCACCGCAUUUUAAGGAAGUUUUUUGUGAUUGGUUAAUUAACAGAGCCGCGGCGUUUAACAGACGCUGAAUUUCAAUGGUUACUGGUCAGUGGUCAUUGUGUGGUUUAAGAA